GAAUCAAUUUCCGGUUUAUAGAUAACCGGAUUGAGUCCAUCAUUUGACUCGGAACGGCUCCGCUUCAUGUUCGUUCACCCUCUCUGCUGACGUUCGGUACCAACCCAAAACCCUAAAAAAAGCUUCUGUAGCUGCCAUAGAUCGGUUUCAAUGGCGCUUCAUCUCGCCAGACCUAAACAGAGGUUACAUUCAAGUCCAUCUCUCAUUCACCUUUUCUCAACCUCCUCCUCCUCCUCAUCUCCCCAAGACGGGAACGAAUCUAGCUUACACCACCCUCAGUCACCGUCUUCUCCAUCUUCACCGCCGUCGGAUGUUAAGAUCCCUUCCUACUUCAGUGGUAUCAAAAGCAGCCUGAAACAGAGUCAGCCUCAGGACGGGAGGAGACAGUUCCUCAGAUUCGAUGCCAAAGCUCAAAAUCCAUCAUCGCCUUCGCUCUCCGGUAACCAAAUCGGCGGCCGAAUUCAGGAUAUCAGGAGGAAUCUCAACGAGUUCCGAAGCAGAGCAGCAGCUCCGCCGCCGAGGGAUUGGCAGGAUGCUUACAAACAGAAUGUGCUGUCAAAAUCUGGAGAUUCGUAUGGGACUCGUAAAAUCGAGGGUACGCCAUUUGCGAGCGGAUUAGCCAACAUAAAGGAGAACUUAAGGCAGAUGAGACCACAAGCCAACACAGAAGGCAAAUGGGCCAAUUUAUCUGGGUUACAGAACACUAUCAAGACGAAAUUCAGUGAAAAUCUCCGUUCAAAUGUAACCGGCGGAGGAGAAGGAUUGCCAUAUUCAGUUUUUGCUGAAGAAUUAGAACAACGGAAUGAGACAGAGGAGAUGAAAUCAGAGUUUUUCAAGAGUUAUGAUCCUUUUGAAUUGGGAGAGAAACUUAGAUUGUAUAGACCACAAGGAAAAAAAGAUCAAGGUUGGUUCUCCCUACAAGAGCUGAAUCAGAGGCUUGUUAAGCUUAGGGCGGUGGAAGAGGAACAUGCACAGAGAACGAGUACAGCAGAUCACUCCAUCGUCAAAGAGUUGAGGUCUGAGAUUCAAAAAGCCAAGGCCGCGGAAGCUCAGAAAUCUAUUUCCUUUCAGAAACUCGAUAUUUGGGGAGUUUUAAAUGGCACCCCUAAGUAUAUGCUCGAGCCUCCGAAAGACCACCUAGUUGAAACUUAUUUUCACCCGGAUAACAUGUCUUCUGCGGAGAAGAUGAAAAUUGAACUUGCAAAGGUCCGGGAAGAGUUCAAGAUGUCAGAAUCAGAUUGUGGUUCUGCACGUGUUCAAGUGGCGCAACUGACCACUAAGAUCAAGCAUCUGUCCUCUGUUCUACAUAAAAAGGACAAGCAUUCGCGAAAGGGACUUAUAGCAAUGGUGCAAAGACGGAAGAAACUGUUGAAGUACAUGAGACGAACGGACUGGGACUCUUACUGCCUUUCACUGUCAAAACUUGGCCUUCGUGACAACCCAGAUUACAAGUUUUAAAAUUUUUGUGCAAGAAUAUCAUAGAAUUGUCAUCUCAGUACUCUCUCUUUGUUCUUUCCAUUAUGGCAAUAGAGAUAAUGUGGGUUCUCUUAUCAAUCAUACUGGGAGAAAAGUUGUUCUACUAGAGUUUGUUAUUGCACGCUGUUUCGGCGAAAAGAGAACAAAGCUGUGGGGGAUAUAUAUACUUUCGUUGACAUUGUCUUUUAUUAUUUGGAAUGUGAUAAUAAACUUACUUCUCUGUUAAA